CUGGGAAUCCGCUUCCGUUCUCAUUCCGAAAUCCCGACGGGACCGGACGGCCAUUAAACUCGACACACGUUUAGUCUGGUUCAUACAAAUCGUCACUUUAACGAAAAUAAGUUCAUCGGAAGCUUUUUGAAAACCACGGGAUGCUCAGAAAUAUCGAGGUGUGAACGCUGAUCUCUAGUUCUGAUAUUAUCAGUAAGAGGUUUGUCGUGAUGGAGGUUUAUCUGACUCUUGCUCUUCUCAUGAGCCGCGGGGUCAUACUCGCCCUCGGACACGAUGGUCUUGUUGAUGUUCCCGUGCCCAGCGCUUUAACGCUCCAGACAAAUCAAACUGCACAGACUCUGUCUCUGACGUGGGAAAGCGACUCAUCGGGAUUUGACAUUGAGAUCUUCCACACCGAGCUCAUGAACGUGGUGAUGAACGAGACUGUGGAGUCCGAGGCAGAUCCUUCAACACGUCAACAUGUGUGGACGUGGCGUUCGAUGUUACCCAUAGAGUGCACUUCUCAUUCUGUGCACAUCAGAGCCAGACAUCAGCAGACCGUCAGUCAGUGGAGCCCCCUUCAGACCAUUCCAGGGUAUGAUGUUCCAGAGCAGUCGUCCCCGAAAAUGUAUCCUCAGGAUAAGGUGGUCCAUGUGGGUAACAACAUUACUUUCUGCUGUAUCGUCGGCGAGAAAGUGAACUUCGACAGAAUUCUUUACGAUGGCAAAAAGAUGAAUGCCACGCGUGUGAGCAGAAGAACUUAUGCCAUCACGGUGUUGAACCAGCCCGUGUCUAGAGUCACGGGAACAAACGUGAUCUGCUGUUCAGAUGCCCUGACGCUCACCGGAUCCGUGGUAUUUGUCGGCUAUCCGCCGGGCGAUGAGGAUUUGCUUUGUGAAACUCGAGACCUGACAUCUGCAGUGUGCUCUUGGAAGAAAGGACGAAACACGGGUUUGAGAGCAAAACGCCAACGCACGAAAUACACCCUUAAUGGAAGGGAUUGUUUGGACGGGCAGAAGUUGAGCUGUAGCUGGACAUCGUGGGAGCAGAACUGGACUCUGGUGGCUCAGAAUCCUUUAGGAAGCGUCCAGCUGACCGACUCCGCCCCGCUCGCUGACCGCGUUCAUCUGUUGGCUCCAGUGGACGUGACAGCUGUGGAUGUGAUGGCCUGGAAUGUCACACUGAAGUGGCGUUGGUCUGUGGCCGCUUAUAAAAAACUGGACAUGAUCUGCCAGCUGAAACUCAACAGCCGUGAACUUACCGUCACUCGUAAUUUCAGUGCUACAGGUUUAUCAUCUGUGUUGUUGGAUGGUUUGUGGCCUGAUGUUGGUUAUUCGGUGUCUGUACGCUGUGGAUCUCUACACGGUUUUUGGAAGUGGGGAGAUGAGAGCGCCCCCUACAAGAUCCACACAAAGAUGGAGCGGCCUAUUCCUCCAGACGUGUGGAUCUGGAUGGACAGUGACACCUCAGGAUGGGUUUUGUGGAAACCUCUGUCUGUAAGUGAAAGUCAUGGCGCUUUAGACGGGUUCGAGGUUUCUCAGAGCGGCACAGACGGCGACAGGUGGUCCACAGUGUCUCUCUCUCAGAACAACUUCAGCUAUCCCAUUACACUCACAAACACCAGUGACAUCACCGUUACCGUGGCAGCGAGGAACCCGGCUGGUCUCUCGCAGGCGUCCAGUGCGACCGUCCCAGCAUUCAGAGCAGUAGAUUCUCUGCUGAAGGUCUCUGAGCUGACGGGCACAAACGGUGGAUUUGAUUUGCGGUGGCGGUGUGAUGUGAAUGUCAGUGCAGGUUUUGUGGUGGAGUGGAUUCCCACCGGCUGCUCUGGUCUCUGCGCUGUAAACUGGCUGAAGGUCCCAAGAUCAAACAGCAGCGUCAGGGUGCCGUCAGAGUCUCUGGAGGCGGGUGUGCGGUACACCGUAUCUGUGUACAGUCUGUCUGCCGGAGCUCCUGUGGUGCUGGAGAGAUGGAACGGAUACACACGAGAACUCCCUCCAUCAGAGUCUGUGGUGAAACUGUCACCCGUUCAGAUCUCCUCCGAUGUUCUGUUGUCCUGGAAGGCCGUCCCAAUGAAACAGCAGAGAGGAUUCAUACGAGGAUACAGCGUCUACCUGGCCAACGCAGCACGCCUGCAGCUUCUCGCGAACGUGUCAGAUCCUGACGUCACCUCAUACAGGGUCACAGGUUUAUCUCCGGGCUCUUAUAAGUUUGUGGUGAAGGCGUUUAACUCGGCUGGAGAAGAUUCUGGAUCGACUGUGGCUAUUAAACUGGAGAUCAACAUGGAUAUGAUGGUUGUUGGAAUACUGGUGUCAUUAGGAUCGAUGUUCUUCUGUCUGAUUCUCAUCAGCAUCUUCUGCUAUAAGAGGAGAGAGUGGGUUAAGAAAGCCUUCUAUCCUGAAAUUCCUGGACCCAAAGUGUCUGGAGACUGGUGUUCCCCACAGGGUCCUCUGGACGUGAAGCCGCCUCCUCACAGUCUGGUUCAUAUCGUGGAGAGUCCGGAAUGGGACUUUGGGAAGAAGGGUCUGGUCCCGGUGCCCGAGGAAGAGGAAGAGAUGGAGAACGUGGACACGGACUCUGAUGAACCUGCUCUUCUCAAAUACUAUAAUCAGGUGGUUGGCGAGGAUUCUCGCAGUAACCCUCUCUCGGAUUCAUCCGGCUCUUCCACCUUCUCUGUCGACUCCGGACAGACGGAGAUCACCUACACGGGCAUCCAGAGCCCCACCGCUUCCCGCGGAGGAGGUUACAGGCCUCAAAUGCAGCCCGUCUCCGGCCCGGACGAGUCCAACGGCGGGUUCCAGUCGGACUUUCAGGAAGAGAACUCCAGCUCGGGUUAUAAGCCGCAGUGUUCCUGGCAGCUCGACUCUCCCGAAGCCGAGAACUUUAACGGUUCUCUCGGAAGCCCCACGUCAGUCACGUCCUCGCAGUUCCUGCUUCCGGCAUCUUCCGAAGAGAACCCGCCGGCUCACGCCUGGUUUCACAGCCUUCUGUCCAGAAAAUCCUGAGGACGUGGCACCGUUUCACUUUCAUUCCUGCUCGUUUGCCUUAUGAAGACACUUUUCUCUCUGUUGUUUGGUCUCUUACUAGAGCUGCUUUGGGACGUCACGCUGCUGUCUGACACGGAGAGGUCGUCUACUACUGAAGAGCAGAGAGUGCGUGUGUGUCCAGUCAUCAGACUAUCAUCAUGUAGCUUUAACUGGCGGUCACGCCACACUUUUACUUUUUCCAUUGAGUUCCAUUCUAACGCUGGAGAACAAAACCUCAAGAAGAAAUUAAGUUUAGUUUAGACAGACGUGUGAAUUUGUGACCGGUAGAAGAUCAUUGCGUAAAUUCACGAUGGUGGAACCACUGGUAGUAGCGGUAUACUGUAAAUAAGAGUUACAGGCUCUUUUUCAUCUGUUGGCACUUGCCAGAUUUUAAUAGGCAACCUAAAAUUAAAACACACACAGUUAUCGCACAAAUAUAAAAACAUACAUAACUUUACUAAUAAAAUAUAUUAAAUCAAAACAUAACUACACAAGCAUUAAUACAAAACAAACUUGAGUUAAAACAUAAACACAAUUAAAUCCAGAGAGGGACUAAGAUUCAUUUAAACAAAUGCAUUAAUUGUAGAAUUACACUUUAUAGUGUGUUUGGAUUGCCUUUAGCCACAUUUAUAUUUGAAUGUUGGAUCAUUUGAGCAUUCUCUGAAUUCAAUUAUUGGCCAAAUGUGACACUGGACAACAAAACCAUUCUUAUGGGUAAAUAUUUGGAAAUUAAGAUUUUGACAUAAUCUGAAGGCUGAAUAAAUAAGAUUUCUAUUGAUGUAUGAGUUGAUAGAAUAGGAUAAUAUUAUAAACAACUGUUUAAAACUCUGGACUCUGAGGGUCCAAAACAAUCUAAAUAUUGAGAAAAUCACCUUUGAAGUUGGUAAUCAGAGGCACUGUGACAGGACAUCCACUCACAAGUUUUAUAUAUUUAAGGUAGGAAAUCUUUACUUAAUAUCUUAAUGAUUUUUGGCAUAAAAGAAAAAUCUAUACUUUUGACCCGCACAAUAUAGUUUUGUCUUUUAUUAAAAAUGUUCCCUUGCUACUUAAGACUUAAGGUUUUGUGAUCCAGGGUCACAAUAAUAUUCCAGUAAUGAAUAAGUCUUUAACUUUAAUUAAAUAUCAAUUGAAUCAAAGAUUUUAAAAAUGACAUAAAAGAGAAGCUGAUACUAUAGAAUAGAUGAUGUAUUUGAACAAAUAUUUGUCAAAUGAUUUUGUCCAUUAUUCACAGGGACCCCUGUAUAGAAGGUUUAUAUGUGCAGUGUAGCGUGACCGCGCCGUUAACUUCUUACUGCCUGUCACAGCCUAUACAAAAACAGAGUUAUGACACUCGAUCUCACUGCUGUGUGGUUCAUGGAGCGCACAAUAAAUCUGUGUUGUCAACCUAUUUGAAUGGAUUUUACAGCAACUAAAUUUGCGUACAUUUGACUAAAUUAAUGAGCACAUUGUUUCCACCGAAUACUACGUUAACUACAUUCAUAGCAGCAUUUUGUCUGAAGAGUAAUAUGAAUAUAAAAGCCGUUAUUUCAUCAACUGUACAGUGUUUGAGAGACAUUGAAAUGAAUGGACUUCAGGGCCGGGUUUGGAACUAUUGGACACUUCCACAUAUCAUUCUUUCAAUGGAUGUCUGUGCGAGUGUCGUGACUCUGUUUUUCAACGGCUCUGUGAAGGGUUAAUUUACUGGUCCCUAAAAACCGAGCAUUUAAUGUCAUUAUCUGUACCAAAAACAUCACUACUCGUGAGUUUAUUCUUCACUUUGCUGACAGUUUUGCAUCAUUCAAAGGAGAUCAGAACACAGCGGGUUUACUCACAUUCAUCUGUGGAAAACAAGAGCGUUCUUGGGAGCUGUUCUUCUUUCAGGACAGAUUUCUUCAAGCUAAAAUGUCACAGUUUGGUUUAAUCCGAGUAACAUUAGUUUCACGUUCAGAGUGAAAUACACUCAGUGUUAUUUUAAGAUGUUAUUCAGCCGUAGUGUAAAGCAAUAUGAUGUACUACCACAUGCAAACAAAUGUUUUUUUUUUGUGUUGAUUUUAUUGUUGUAAGGUCAGUAUGUAUCCUGUUUGUGUGUCAGGUUUUCAUUCUUUUCAUUUGACUUUUAAACGUGUUCGUUCUCAGAUUGACCUCAAAUCUCAUAGGUGCAUAGCAACCCCUGGAUACCAUAGUUACAGUCACUGUGCACUACAUUUAUGGUCUGUCAGUAUGUCUUUAUUUUUAUGUGUUGGUGUUUAAAAUGUGGAGUUUUAAAUCGAAUGACUACAGUGUGCCUGAAGACUUUCGUGUUUUUGAGGGUAAAUCUGGCCUUACAUCUAACAUGAAUCUGCUGUUGACAAGAGUGAAGCGCUACAUGUGUGACAUCACUGUGAAAGUCUUUUUUUCUAACGGAGGGUUCAAGCCAAACGCGAAUUAUGCGAAUUAAAUGUUGAAUAUAUUUGCCAUAUCGUGUCACUUUUCCUGCGAGUGUUUGAAUCGCUAAACCUCGUGAGAUUUUGUGUUCCAGGCCUUAUGCUGGGUCACACCAAACGCAAACAAUUGGGUUACACGCUUUUAACACUGGGUUCACACUAAAUGCCAAUUAAGCAUUUUGCGCGAGUAAAUUACACACAAAGAUGCGAACUCACGUGUCAAUGUUGUCUUCCGCGAAGGUUGAAAAUAUUUGUAAUUUCACGUCACACACUCAAAUAUUAUGAACUUUUCCCUCAAGUAAUAAAGAGCGUGGAACGCGAUUGUUCGUGUUUAUUGUGAACCGAAACCCUUAUUACUCAUACUUAUUAAUAUGUGAUUGACUCGCGCAAAACGCUUAAUUGGCGUUUGGUGUGAACCCGGUGUUAUUGUGAGUGAUUCCUCAGAGCUUGUUAUUCCAAAGAAAAAACAUCUCUGCAUUUAUAAGAUUUCUACAGGAUAACUUUUUAACAUCUCUUCUGAAGUGACUGUUAGUGACAGUGUAUUCCUGUUUUUGUGUUUGAAAUGCUUUUGAAAGGGCAUUAGAUUUUAGAUGAUGAACCGUUGCUUUAAGCUGUAAACACUAAUGUGAAAGACUGAUUUAGUUACUGGUAUGUGAUGUUUUGCAGUCAUACUUUUCUAAAUAUUUUUUUAAAGGAAACUUACUAAUGUUCUUAUGUUUGUAUUUUCUUUAUGGAUGAGAACGACACACGUGUGUAAUGUUUGUUUUGUUUUAAGGGUAUUUUCAGCUCUUUAAAAAUGAGUCGAGCUAAAUACAGUAUAUUCUCAGACAGCUCAGCUUUAUUUCAGCUGUCAGUGAAAUGAUAUUUCAUUUAUUCUCUUUAUAGAGUCAAAAUCAUCUGGAAAUGAUGUUUACGGUCUAUAAAGGAUGAAAUGUUUCUGAGCAUCAUGUCAUUUAAUCAGUGUUUUAGUUUUUUUUUUCAGUAGAAAUAUUCAAACUAUGUAAAUAAAUAUGAGCGAGUAUAACAAGAUGGAUUAAAAAUCAUACAAAUCAUGAAUUUACUUUUUAGGCAAAAAACCUUCUCAGAGCCUUGAUGUUUUUGCUGGAAACCAAAACAGAAAAUACGGAUUAAAUGGUCUGAAUAUACCUACAUUUAAAAAGCCGUCUUUUGCAGUAAAAAAAUUAGAAGCAAAUAUAGUAAUACAAAUUAAAUAGAUCAUUAAUGUGUAUAAACUUUUCUUGCGCAUGAAUACCGUCAGAUGGGAAUUUAAUAUUACAUCUUUACUGAUUUAUUGCCUUUAUAUGCAUGAGUAAUUGAGUGUUCAGAAGCUUCCAACAAUGAUGAAUGACAUGAGAAACACUAUAAGAGCUUGUGUUAGACAUGACAAAGAUGUACCAGAGCUCUGCUAAUACACUAACAGACUAUCAUGUUCUCUGUAUCAUACAAUAAAUCCACAUUUAUCACUA